UCUGUAAUUUUAUAAAGGUUAUAAUUUUCGAAUUUAUAUUUAACUUUUAUAUAUAUGGCCAUUUAUAUCAUGGAGAAAUUUACUUUUAAAUAUGGCUGCUGUGUCAGCUGACACACGGCAACAGAGAAAUGAACAGCUAUUGAGAAAACAAAUAAAAAUAAAAUACAAAAUGGCUCUCUCCCUAUCUACCUCGUUGCACUUCUCCUCAACGUCAGAAAAUCAGUCAAUUUCUGAAGAACAGAAUGAGGUGGAAAUUUGUUUUUGUCCAUUUUCGGAUUCUGACAGGGACUUUGAUGAGUUUGAAAAUUUAGAGAGGGAGUGUGAAGAGGAAGAGGAAGAAAGUUUCUCAUUAUGGGAGACUAUUCUACGCGAGACGGAAGAUGAAUUGGCUCCUUGUAGAGAAUGGAUUAAUGAACAAGAAGAAUUGAAACGUAAAAUUCCUCAUCAUGAUAGUCCAGCUCAUUAUUUAAACAAUGAGAUUUUUCCUGUUUUACUUCCGGCUAUGGAAAAUAUGUUGAAACAGGCUCGUCAAUGGAAUGUUCUUCGCAUACAAAAAAGUCGAUUCAAUGGACUCGAUUAUCUGGCAGAAGUACUGUGGAAUAAAAGUCCCAGGCAUCCAGAAAGAUCAAAAAGAUGGCUAGAUGUAUUUAGCAUUCCACCAUUUAGGAUUUGGUUGAAGUUAAAUCCAAGACCUAUAUAUCCAAAAUCAUGGCUAUGGACCGAAGAACAAGCUGCCCUUAUUUUACAAAGAUGGAUUCGUGGUUGGAUUGUUCGCAAACAAGAGGAUGUACAAGAGAUGCGACAAUUUUGGAAGGCAAUAAGGACUGAGAAGGCUAAGGACGCCUCUUUGGGAACAGGACAAAGGAGUGAGGAUGAAGACUUGAAUCCAUGUGACCGAUACAAGUUAUCCAUAAAAAAAAAGAUUAAUCCAUUUUGAAUUAAAAGGAGGUCAGCACUUGCCGGUCAGUUACUUAAACAGGAGGACGUACUGACUGGUAUGCGGAAGAACAUAUGUAUACCUAUAAAUUUUAUUCUACAAUAGUCGAUUCUCAAUCGAAUUUUUGGACGCCUACAUCUUCCAUUCUUCUUUCUCUGUUGGAAAAACUUUGUAUUAGGAUCGACGGCU